CAUUUUGGUGUGCGACCUCUCAGUUUCACUGAUAUGCCGAAUUAUAAUGAGGACACCUUAAUAACUUGACCUCGAGACGAGAAGCGCCAGAAAUUUGGAGCCAGACACAACUGCAAAAGCGUGGAGUUCCUUUUUGAGUCGGCGUGAGGUUGCGGGCCGUAGGUGCAAGGGGGAUAUCAACAGCAGUUCCGGAGGCGGCAAUCGCCGAAUAGGCGAUGGCGACGCUCAAGUACGCGGUGGGCCUGAGCGCGGCCGACCCGGACUGCCAGCCGGUGCUGGUGCUGGGCCAGAUCCGGCACCUGGCCAGGCUCGCCUGGGACGACGUCAAGGUCAAGCUGGCCCCCCGGGUCACCGAGGAGGUGUGGCAGCGCGCCGUCUCGGAGCUGUUCCCGUCGCCGACCGACUCGAUCCACCUCUACCUGAACCUGGCCACGCUGGCGGCGCUGCCGGGCAAGUGUGCGCGCCACAACACGCCGUCGCGCGCGCACAGCGUCACCCGGCUGGUGCGCUCCCUGGUGGCCGGCUCCGACCUCACCAUAGUGCUGGUGUGUGAGCGCGCCGACAUGCUGGCCUCGGCGUGCGCGGUGGCGCGCGCCUUCCCGCUCUACUCGCGCAAGUCGGGCCCGCAGCCGGAGCCGACCAUCACCGUCGAGUUCAUCAUCGCUGACGGCGAGCAGGCGACCGCCGAAGAGGUGCAGCUGCUGCAGGACGCGGCCCGCGGCAUCCGUCUGACCGCCCGCAUCGUCGACACGCCCUGUAACGAGAUGCACACGGACGCCUUCGUGGAGGAGGUGAGGCAGGUGGGCGAAGAGCUGGGUACGCCGCUCACGCUCAUCAGAGGCGAGGAGCUCAAGGCCAGGGGUUUCGGCGGCAUCUACGGCGUCGGCAAGGCGGCGGUGCAUCCGCCGGCGCUGGCCGUGCUCAGCCACACCCCGGCCGGGGCCACACACGGCAUCGCCUGGGUCGGCAAGGGCAUCGUCUACGACACGGGCGGACUCUCCAUGAAGACCAAGACCACCAUGCCGGGCAUGAAGCGCGACCUGGGCGGCGCGGCGGCGAUCCUGGGCGCCUUCCUGGUGGCCGUCAAGUCGGGCUUCACGCAGAACCUGCACGCCGUGUUCUGCGUGGCCGAGAACGCCGUCGGGCCGACUGCCACGCGGCCGGACGACAUCCACACGCUCUACUCGGGCAGAACGGUGGAGAUCAACAACACGGACGCCGAGGGUCGGCUAGUGCUAGCCGACGGCGUGGCGUACGCCAACAAGGACCUCAAGUGUACAACCAUCCUGGACAUGGCCACGCUGACGGGGGCGCAGGGCACGGCGACGGGCAAGUACCACGGCGCGCUGCUGACCAACCAGGAGUGCUGGGAGGUGCUGGGCGCGGCGGCCGGCCGCGCCACCGGGGACCUCCUGUUCCCCGUGCCCUACACGCCCGAGCUGCACUUCAGCGAGUUCGCCUCCAGCGUGGCCGACAUGAAGAACUCGGCCGCGGACCGCAGCAACGCGCUGGUCUCGUGCGCCGGCCUCUUCAUCGGCGCUAACCUGGGCUUCGACUUCCCGGGCUCCUGGAUCCAUGUGGACAUGGCGUCGCCCGUGCAUUCGGGCGACCGCGCCACCGGCUACGGCGUGGCCCUGCUCUGCGUGCUGUUCGGCUCCCACUCGACCCACCGGCUGCUGCAGCAGCUGGCACCGCCGGCGCCGGCCGCCGCCGCCGCCGUCGCCGCCGCCGCCGACCUAUCCGACGGCACCACCAACUCCAGCAAGAAGAUGCGGCUGGAGCAGCGGCGGCCGUGAGGCCGACGCGCCGCGCCCCGCCCGCGCCGCUGCCGCCGGAGCCCGUCCCCGUCCCCGUCCGCCGUCCCCUGCCCUCUCGCCGCUGGUGCCGCAGCGUCGGCCGCCGAUCAAAGCGCCGCGUCGCCCGUCCCGCAGUCGGUCUGAGUGAGACCGCGCCGUCCGCGCGGUGCGUCGAUAACCCCUCCGGAUAGAGCAGCGGCGCGCGCCGUGGAGGGGCGCGCGCCCUCUGUUGCCCGCCGUCACGCCUCUGUUGUACCUCAGUUCCACGUCCGCUCACCGUCGUACAAGCGCAGUUUAUGAUUAGGUGCCUAAUUGCCCGCGCGCCGCCCGGGCGCCAUUAACCGAUCGGCCCGCGUGUGCCGCUGAUUCGGCAUCGCACGGCUGGUUCCUGCAGAUAUCUCCGAAGUUACUCUGUUGACGCGUCGCCUCGCAGCCCGACUGACUUCACGCCGAGACGCGUCAGUGUUUUUGUGGCUCGGAUCAAUGGGAGUGUGUGUCGGCCGCGCCUGGCGCUCGCGCGCCAGGCAAGGCUAUGCUGUCGUACAACGUACCGACUCAGGCGGGUAAUAUGGAAAAACACCGAGUUAACCA